AUGGGAAGGCCUAAGUUAGAUCCUAAUCUUACCCAUUGGAGAAGAGGUGGAAGAGGAGGUGGUAAAGUCAAUAGAGGUGGAAGAGGAGGUGGUCGAGGUGAACCUAAUGUUAAGGUUGAACCUGAGUUUGAGGUUAAACAUGUUGUGGAUGAGGGGGAUGGAAUUGAUAUACCAGAUAUGGAUAUAAUAGUAAGUUCCAUUCUAAAUUUGAGGUCAUCAAACUAUAGUGAUGCUGAAAUAAUGUUUUUUCUUGGAAUUAAUGAAUCUCAAUUGAUGGAGUUUUGGUGUUUAAAUGUGGAAACCAAUGUGCAAGAAGAGACUCAAACAGUACAAGUGAAUGAAGAAGAGAUCAAUGAAGAAGAGGUCAAUGAUGAGGAUACCCAUGAGGAGCAACACCCAAGAAAGCAGGAUGAGGAAGACCCAACAAAUCAGAAGGAGGAAGCCAUCAGAGAGGAUAACUGAGUUAAAGUUGAAGAAGCAGGUGGUGAGCAAAUUUGGGAUGACUGAAAGCACACCACUUAAUUUAUAAUAGGGAAAAUGAUUGUGAUAUGGUAGCCCCUUUUUUUGUAAUUAACUCAUUGUGUUGGCUUUAUAUAACUCUUUG